AUGCAAGGGGUCGUCGAAUACGAUGUAUCUUCGUUGAGAGGAGCUUUGGGGACUGCUUUUGUGCUACUUAUAGGUACCCUGUUCGAUAAUGUUAAAUUGAUUGGAAGAACCGAUCAUUAUCCAGACGAUACAAGCGACUAUUUAGUGGAAGCCAAAGAUCCCACCUUUGAUUUUGUAAUUGUUGGAGGGGGGGCGGCAGGUUGCUCUUUGGCUAAAAGAUUGGUAGAAAUAGAAGAGUGGAAAGUACUGCUCAUAGAAGCGGGUUCAUAUCCAAGCCCAGCUACUGAGGUUCCCGCUUUUUUCGACAGUUUGGACGACGACGUCCAAGAGUACACAUUCGAAAAGGAAAAAAAGGCGUGCCUAGGCACAAGUUUGAAGGUUUGUUCUUUAAAUAUGGCAAAAGUGCUGGGCGGAAUGAGCACCACGAACAAUCUUAUAUACGCUAGAGGCACUCUGGAGAACUACGACAUUUGGGGGUUCCCCUCUUGGCGGUCUGACUUGAUUAAUAAGGUUUUUGAAGAAAUUGAAAACAACGAGGAGAAUAAUUUCACUACAGGUAUACAUUUCGAAGAAACCCCCUACAAUGAUUACAUUAGAGAAAUCUUGUACGAAUUGUAUGACGAAAAGGAGAUAGCAAGAGAUCAAUACAAUGGGGUCACAGAUAACUAUCUGACUAUUAAGAAUGGACAAAGAAUGAAUAUGGCGGAAGUUUUCUUGCAUCCAAUACAAAACAAACCAAAUUUAAAUCUAAGUCUGAACUCGCAAGCAAUAAAAAUAAAUAUGGGGGCAAACCGGAAAGCCACGAGUGUGGAUGUUAGAAUACAUGGAACAAGCAUUAAAAGAGUCUACAUCAAUAAGGAGAUCAUUCUAACUGGUGGUGCGAUAGAAAACCCUAAGUUGCUAAUGUUGAGCGGCGUAGGCAAUGUCACCUACUUGUCAGAACUUAAUAUAACCACUGUAUCAGAUUUGAAAGGUGUAGGGAUGAAUUUGAAGAUGCAUCUUGGCUUGCCGUUGUUUUUUUCAUUGCAAACAUGCUGCCUGGCAAAUGAGACCUACUGCGAAAAUGAUACGUACAAAGAAGAUGAUUACUUAACAUCCAUAUACAACUACAUCAUGCAUAGGAAUGGUGACUUAUCUUCGGUAUACCUAUCCGACUUAUCAGCUUAUAUAAAUAGUAGAGGGGACGUAUCGAUGACAUCCAGGGAUGUUUCUGUGUACCACUGGUUUUUCAGAGUUGGCGAUAUUAAGUUAAAGGAAAAAUUGAUGUCUUGGAACUUGCAAGGUGCCAUAAUAAAAAGUAUAUUGAAAGUGAAUGAAAACAAAGCCAUUUUGGUGUUUGAUUUGGGCCUAUUGAGACCUAUUAGUUCAGGGCAGAUAUUCCUCAAUAAAACCUGGCACGAGGGGGCUCCUAGAAUCGAAGGAAACAUCUUUACAGACUCUUCCAAUGAAGAUUUUAAAUCCCUAUUCUACGCUUUCAAUUUUGCUACAAACCUAACCGAGACAGAACGGCUAGCAUCCCUUCAAACCACAUUCUUGAAUAUCGACUUGCCAAACUGUAGAAACUACAAGUUCUGCUCCAUCUACUACGUUAGAUGUUACAUCUACAACAUGGUUUACCCCAAGAAAAGCGUGGCGGGUACCACGAAAAUGGGCUACAACACCGACUUAUACUCCGUUGUCGAUACCAAGUUGAGAAUUCACAAGGUGGAUAAUGUAAGGGUUGGCGACGCGAGCGUAAUGCGCACCAUUACGCACGAGAACACGGUAGCUUCGGAUGCCAUGUUCGGAUAUCGCUUGGGUGAAAUAAUCAAAGGCGAUUGGUUGGAUUAUCGGUCGAAUUUUACCCUCUCAGAUGUGGAUGCCCACUAA